GCAGUAAACAGGAACCAUGUCAUCGCUGUAGGCGGGGAGCAAUUUAGCCGACGCACGGUUUCCAUGGAAACAGCUGUGACAUGGUGACUGCAUGAAGACGGAUCAGGCCUGCUGGUAUGCACGUAGCUGUUUAAGAAUAAAAGAGCGUGGAGAUGAGCUGAAACAGAUGGAGAACAAAUUGCAGGUGGAGCGAGACUACCACAAUAAGAAGCUUUACACAGAGCAGCCACAAAUGUGGGACGAGUAUGUCAGGCAGGUGUCCAGUGAAAUGGUCCUGAAAGACACACAAAUCAUCAGCCUGCAGCAGAGAGAAACCACACUAAGGACUGAGCUGGAGCGGAGCAGGAAACAGACUGAAAGGUACAAACAGCAUCUGAGAGCUGGUCUGAACAGAGAGAAAGUCUUGGAGAAGAACAGAGUCCAGAUGGAGUUGGAAUGGCAGCGACGUUUUGAAGAUGUAAAGGCUGACUACUACCUUGCAAAUGAGCAGCUAAUACAAGACCUGAUCGAGGCCAGAGACCAGGCUAAAGCUGAGCUGAUGGAGAGAGAGCAACAGCUGCAUGAUCUGACCAUCUUACUCCAGUACAUUAGGAGGGAGAGAGAUCAGGCUAUACAGGGUCUCACUCCAAAGGUGGAUUCUCUGGCAUCAGAGGAGAUCCGGCGUCUACAGGAGCAGAACAGCGCCCUACGUGCUGUGGUUACCCAGAUGAGAAGGGACAUGGAAGGUCUCGCCCAUCUUCUAGUCUUACCUCAUGCUGAGCCACCAGUGCAACCUCUGUAUCAGGAAUCUUCAGCCUCCAAAGGCAACACAGCAGACUGCCGUCAGCCUGUGGAGCAGGAGGUGCACCUGUCAGGUAAGCACCUCGAGGAGCAGCGAGGAGGUGUCACAGCACUGUCGGGCCUGGCUUCAGCCACGGAUGACCCACAACACAUUGAUCCAGACAGAUCACAGCCUGAAAAUCAAGCUGGUGGUUUGUGUCUGGAUGAACGUGGCAGGCACCCCGCUGUGACAUGUGUGGAGUCAGCUUCCAAUGACAUCACACAGCAGAGGACACUGGUGCAGCAGCUCCAAGGAGACAGCAAGUAUCUGAAACCAGCUCUGAUGUGUGGCGUGCUUAAGAGCGUCCAUCCUGCUAAAAACGACCCCCAGCUCCUUCGCCUCAGGCUGAAGCAGGCAGCGUCCUGCAUCGCCCGUUUGAGCAGAGAGAAACAGCAGCUGAUAGCGCUGGGCAACCGCCUCCGUGCCCAGAUCGCCGCCGAUGGACGGCAGGCACCAGGGGGGCUGGAGAAGGACACCCCCACAGAGAAACUAGGAGACCACCAUGGCCGCCUUUCUGUUGUGGAACAGCUGCAGUACCAGCUCACCACUCAGGAGCUGCAGUAUGCACUGAUGCAGAGAGCUUCCGCUGCUGCUGAACAGCACAUCCCACCAACAAAGAGCCAGGCUUUCUUCAAAGGGACUGCAAACACUUGCCAUGGGCUCAAACCCAGAGACACGUCUGAGACACGCUCACAGCUGCACUUGGGUAUGUCCAGGACUGUGUCGGAUGAAUCGCUGUGCUCAUUAACGAUGCUGUGGGACACUCUGGAUCGUGGACUUGCGGACUCAGAAGGUGAAUGUGAGCUCAGGAGCAGACGGUUUGGUGGCUCUGGAGUCCAGAUGAUGGUGCAUGGUAGUGGUGUGAUUCCCAGCCAAUCCCAGACUGAGGUCCAGCAAAGGACGAACCAGUCUAAAACACUGUCAAGCACUACCAAGACCAACAGACCUGCAGUCCCUGCCAGGAUCAGCAAGAUCAGAAACUACAAUGUUAAAGACUGACGUAGAGGACAAGAAGACAACGAUCAGUCCUUUAGCUGUAAUAUGAUACAAAAUCUGAUACUGUAACAGGUUUGAUCUACAAUAUUAAACUCUGGAAUUCUG